GUCGCGCGGUCGCGUACGCUCUACCCGUCCGGAUUUUCAAUCGCACGACGAGAGUGGAUUGCCAGCCGGUUUUCCGGAUACGUGCCGUCCGCACUCGACCCUCCCGGCCCUCCCCCCCCCCUCUCCGCGAAAGGGCACGGUCGUUCGCACGCAUGAGCCGAGAGACGGCGGCGGUCCUCUUAUCUCACCGUCACGUGCCGGCGAUAGGAACCGAAAGGAGAAGAAGGCGAAGUUUUCUCUCGCUCCCUCCGGCCGCUGUCUUCCCGGGGCGGCGGAAGAGACAGUCGUCCUCGUCGUGGUCGUCGUCAUCGUGCCGUUAUCGAGGGUAGCCGGCGUGACGUUGGCGGGCGCGGAACGGUAUCCACUCGCCUCCGACACGGUGUGUGAAAUUAGCGUGGAAAGUGCCCCUCUGCACGCUCCGUUUCGUCUCACCAGGACGGAAGGAGGAGAAACACGGGAAGCGGAACAGAGAGACUCGCGAGUACAAACAGCGAGUACAGCGAGCUCCUCGUGGAAACUCGAGGACCUUCUCUCGCCCCUGCGAGUGUCCCUCGCGACUCCCGAGUGUGGUGGCCCUCCGUCUCUGUGGAGGAAUAGGGAGUGCGGGGGUUGAUAAGUGUGCCGUGACAGCUGCGGAAACAAACCCCGUGAAGAAUGGAGCCGACGAGGAUCCUGCUGCUGAUCGUCCUCCUGGGCGCCGCCAGCUGUCAGAACAACACCAUAAUCACAAAUGAGGUGACGACCCUUCGAGAUUACAAUCCUCAGUUCAUGGUGGGCUGUUACUUUCCUGCGGAAUACCAGGGCGAAUUCGUCAUGCAGGUGAGCGAAGGUAUAGUGGGCCAACCCGUUGAGUAUUCCACCAUUAACAUCACCUUCAACGGGAUACCGGUGUGGGGCUACUGCCACAAGAGGCUCGGCGAGCAUGUGCUGCUAAUGAGCAGGUACGACAACAAAGAUUGCAUACGAUGUUUCCGGCUGCUGCGGAGAUCGCGGAACGUCAUUGAAGUGUUCUCGGAACCUCUCAACAGGUGUUACAUUUACAAGGCGCCCGCCUUGGCCUCUUGCAGCACGCUGAACUUCACUUCAACAAUCUUGUACCGAACAAAAGAAAUCGACGGUUCACCAAUUCGGAAUGAAUAUUGUCCCAUUUCUGGUCUUUAUCAUUUCAAAUAUAGUAUCAACAAUAACUCCGCCACCUCGUUAGAAUGCAACACAUUCUCCUCCGAGUUCAGCAAUUGUCCAGAGGGGUCAAUAUUUAAUUUAAAAUUCAAACGAUGUAACUUCGAGACACGUGAUAUCAAGUAUAGUUGUUUAGGCAGUUGGCCUGGACCGAAUAAUUCUAAAUAUAUUGCUCUUUGGGACAGUAAGGGCAAGCCUGAAUAUAGAUGUGGGCUAUACCAUGUUGAUAAUAAAAGAGGAAAAACUUACAUGGCAUUUAGCAGUGACUCUAGCUGUAUACAGAACUUAGAUAAUUCAACUAAUGGAUACGAGACUUUAAUUUUGAGCAAGAGUAUAAAUCAAAAAAAAGUGCCAGACUACGUGAAGAAUCAUGUUGCUACAUUUCCAAAAUGGGCGCAAGGAUUAUGGGAGGAGGCUCUGAUAAUAAAUAGAACUAUGACUUUUACUGAUCUCAAUGGUUAUAAUAGUUACACUUUCAUCGCUGUGGAAUCAAACGAGGAAACUGGCCGUUAUGUGGUGUAUUCCAAAGAUCAAUGUGAGCAAGCCGCUUUUGUGUGUUUAAUGAUGAGACAGCGCAGCGAAAAUGUUCUGGAAUUUUCAUUAGCACACCCAAUAAUAACAUCACACACAGGAAUGUUCUGGAAUCCACUGAGUUAUCAGGAUGAUUUGUGCAAUGAUCUCAAUUUUGAUAAACCGGUGUGGAUGACUCAAGCACGUAUUGAACGUGUGGUGGAGUCACCUUGUCCAAUAACGGGCCAAUACACAGGAAUGAUAACAGAUCUGUCGGGAAUGUGUGCUGAAUUAAGCAGCAAUUGUAACACUCGCGAAAUAAUGUAUUAUAAAGUGAGUGAUUGCAUAUCAGGAGAAUUGUAUGAAGAACGAACAUAUCUGUGCUUGGGACAAUGGGAAGAGAAAGGUGUGAUGUAUACCUACACUUUGAGAAACGACACUGCUACGAAUGAGUGUUUCGUAGGAUUAAUCAUCAACGAUGAGGAGAUAUAUAUUAAGGAAGCCGGUGACCAUUGUAUACGAAAUAUAGAUCCUAAAACACAGGGAAUGCGUCUUUACAAAAAGGGACAAUGUUAUGGAAAUUCGCCAAGUCCUGCGCCAACGCCGAUGAGACCAAUUCCUCAUAAUCCAAUAUUGAGGAUUACGACUCCACGAUCGAGGAUAUCUGGAGCUACUCGAGUGCCAGAAAAUACAGUUUCUUCAUCAGCUUUCUGCAGGUCGACAACAUCCAUGACUUUUAUGCUCUUUGCUGCUGUGGUAAUCGCGUUUUUUAAGACAUCAUUUUCAUAUACGUUCGAACAAUGACAGAAUUUCUACAAACUGAAUAGUUCGUGAUAAGUUAGCUAAUAAUAACCUUAAUGUAAAUAGAUGAGAAAUCAAGAUUUUUUUUACAAAUGAAUCGAAUUUUACUUCUUUGUUCAAAUCUGAAUCAACAAAAUUUUAUUCGAAUCGAAUCGAAUUUUUAAACACAAUUUUUAAUUAACAACAUAAUUAUUAUUAGGUAAUUUUAAAAUAUAAAUAAUAAAAAGGAUUAUUAUGUAAGAAAAAAUAAUUGAUUAUAUGAUUUAUCUUACAUUAUUUAUUAUAUAUUAUAAAAUUAAGGGGAUGUUGGACUGCUCCUCAAAUUUGAUCGGGGUCGAUAAUGCAGUCAUUCAUGCACAUCAUUAAUGAGAUUUGGUAUAUUUUUUUUUUUAUAGAUUUAGAAAUUCUUUUCCAGAAUUAAAGUACACUUAUUAAUAUCAAUCUGUGAAUUGGAUUUUACAUCGAGAACGAAAAAAAAUUUUUUCAUAUUAUUCCACUUAUCGAUUUCUUCCGAAUCCGUACUCACACAUACGAGAUUUUCAUAGACAGAAAUCUAUUAUAUUGAAGCGUCUAAGCUCAUUUCUAAAAGCACAGAAUUGUUCUUUCUUGUAAUGCAAUGUGCGGGGCAUGCUUGUUUUGUACGUACAAAGUCUAAAACUCUUUUAUACGCAGCAAAUGUUUUCACGAAUCGAUCGUAGGAGUCGAACACAAAAUUGUAAUUUUUUAAUUUCUGUUUGUUUUUCAUAUAAACUUGUGUACACCACAUUUAUUAUUGUCUAUAUUUUAAUUCUGGAGAAUUUUUAAUUCUGUGUAAUCAACAAAAAGAUUUUUGACUAAAACAAUAAUCGCGUUUAAUCAGUAAAACAGACACAUCUCCAGUAUCCCCUUUGAAUAUGAUUAUCAUAUAUGAUUUGUAUUUGAGUCUCUAAGAUUUGAAAUUUUCAAUAGUUUGUGUUGAAAUCGUAGAGAUUCAAAUCUUUAUCUGAUUCAAUUCGGUUCGUAUUCGAAUAAUUCGCAUAUCUCGAUAACUCAUGUUGCUACACUUUUAUUCUUGUCUAACAGACGAUCGAGACAUAAAUAAGCCAGUUAUUUAUUGCAACCGACGUAAAACAAUAUUAUAAAGAAUGUAACAGACUUGUAUAUCACAUUUUUUUCAUCUCGCGUAUUUAUCUUUGCCCCUGCUGCGUUUCACAAGAUUUUUUUUGUAAAAUAAAUACGAAAUUAAAAACUCUUUUAUCUGCGUCAUCGAGCGAAUUGACGAACGUAUAGGAAUAAAAAUUUUUAGAAAAAUUAAAAAAUGACGAUAUAUGCAUUAUAUUAGAGAUGUGCGAAUUAACAUUUUUUAAACAUUGAUUUCUUUCUUUAAGACGGAAAAUUGAAUUUCAAAUCGAAUUACAUCGGAUUAAAUCGUUGAAAUAUAAUUUCUAAUUAACAGCAUAAUCAUUGAAUUUAUGUUGAAUUUAGGUAUAUAGGUAAUAAAGAUAUUCUCUAUAAGAAAAAUAAUUUCGAUUAUAUGAUUUAAAGUCAUUUUAUGAUUUUAUAAGAUUGUUAAUAAAAUGUGAUUUAUAUUAAAAUCUCCACAUUGUGCUGUCCAAAAUCGGGACAUAACGCAUCUUAAAGAUGUCUUUAAAAUGUCUUUUAAUCAUGUUUUAGUCAAUUUCUAAGAAAUGUCUAAUAGACGUCUAAAAGACGUUUUAAGAAAAUCCUAAAGCUGUUUUGUUUUACCGAUUAUUUUGAUUAUUUUCAAUUCACUAAUCUUUUAAUUAUAUUUACAGAAUUAAAAAUCCUUUUUCACAAUUAAAGUACAGAUGAUAACAUAAUACGCACGUAAGAAUUUUAUACAAAAACGAAAAAAAAAUUAAUUUUAUUUACAAAAUAAAUUUUUUUAUUUUUUGUACAAAAUACUUACGUGCGCAUUAUGUUACGGUCUGUACUUUAAUUGUGAAAAAGGAUUUUUAAUUAUGUAAAUACAAUUAAAAGAUUAGUGAAUUAAAAAUAAGCAAAAUAAUCGAUAAAAUAGGACAGCUUUAGCAUCCCCUUAAGAUUAAAUCAUAGAAAUUCAAAUCCGAAUCGAAUUAAAUCUUAAUUUUUAUUUGAUUUAUAUUAGAUUAGUUCGCAUAUCUCUACAACAUAUAGACGUAUAAUUGUACUAUGAACUCUUCGUUGACGAUUGUGAUUAAUUCCUAUUACGAAUUAUAUAUUUAUUUAAUAGAUUCCAAUAGAACGAGACCACAUAAGUCUCAAUAAUUUUGGCACUGCCUUGUAAGAUAUAGGUAUUUUACUGUGACUGUCCAUAAAAGUCCAAAGAAUCAUUGUCUACGUGCAAAUAAAUGAUAAUUUUUUAAUGAAACGAACAUCACAGAAAGGCAAUGUAGAAAUAUAAAAGGAAUUAAUAGUAAUUUUUAAUGAUUGUAUAAAAAUUCAAUUUUUUUAACAUCGCGAAGUAAAGUUUUACAUUUUAUUAACAUUAAACUUUUUUAAAUCAAAUAAAACCUGCCAGACAUCAUUAUAUUUAGAAUAGUCAAAAUAGUGAUAUUUUUCUAAUAAUACAAGUAAAAUGUCCCUUAAAUAUUCGUAGAAUAGAAAAUUCGCUAUAAAACAUCAAUAAUUUACAUA